AUGAAUUUCAUUAACGAGAAGAAACUUCAAGAUGUUAAUGGAGCUUUCAAUGCUUUGAGAGCAAAAAAGUUUCGAAGGAAUCUUUAUUCAGUUGUUUGUCUUCAUACCCAGGGCUACAUGGUUAUCGGAAGUUUCUUUAUCUUUCCCAUAAUUGAGCUAAUUUUUUACGGCACGUAUCGAUUCCCCCAACCAUCUUACGUACCUUUAGACUUUGCUUCUCUACCACUGAUCAUUUUUUUAACAUGUUAUGUUAUUUCAUGCUUUGCUACUCUUGCUUCGGGGGUUAAUGUUGUAGCAACAACUCUUUAUGUAAACACAAUCCUGGAAUAUUUAAGUGUUGAAUUUAAGAUUUUAGGGUUGGCAUUUGAAAAAGUUUUCGAUGAGCAUGACAACGAAAAGGCAGUUUCUGAGUUCAAAAAAUUAAUUGACCAUCAUCAAAAACUUUUAAGCACUGCUCGGAAAAUAAAAAACCUUUUGUCAUUUCCACUUUUCUAUCAAAUGAUUACGGCAGGAAUAAUCUUGAGCACAAGUGCAUAUGAGAUUUAUUCAGUAGACAAUUUGAUGUCAAUUAAGUUUGUUGCCCGACUUAAUUACGCCUUAUAUGUCAUCAUCGAUCUUUUGAUUGCUUCAUCAGCUUCUGAAAAUAUUUUAUUAGAAUCAAAGAACAUUAAAGAUAAAAUUUUCAACAGUGGAUGGUUGAAUAUCGUUCAGGAAAAGAAAAAUCGACUUUUGUUUCAACUGAGUGUUCAACUUUCAUAUCAACCGAUCGUGAUUACUGCUAUGGGAUUCUUUAAACCCUCGUACUCAACUUUAUUGGAUGUAAUGAAAUAG